GACGUACAAUUGUUGCGACACUGGUAUCAACAUGCGGAGGGAUGUGUUGACUUCAGGCAACGUGUGAAGUGAAAAAUAAGUUAUUUACAUUACCACAGACAUCAAAAUAUUUAGGUUUUGGGCUUUUUCUCGUGAGCAAGAUGGCGAACACCAACCUUCAAUUCAAAACGAAUUAUGAGGUUGACAGCAAGAUUGAACCGUUUUACAAAGGAGGAAAAGUGCAGAUCAGCAAAGAUGAAAAGUACAUCUUCUGCACUUGUGGAUCUCACGUGAAUGUUUUGGAGAUCAGCACAGGGAAGAUCGUCCACAGUGUUGAGCAUGAUGAUCAAGAGGACAUCACAUCUUUUGCCCUCAGCUGUGAUGAUGAGAUUCUGGUAACAGCGAGCAGAGCUCUGCUGCUGAAGCAGUGGGACUGGAGGCAAGCUCAGUGUACUCGCUCCUGGAGAGCCAUUCACACUGUUCCUGUAGCCAGCAUGACCUUUGACUCCACCUCCACUCUCCUAGCAACAGGUGGCUGUGACGGCACCAUCAAGUUGUGGGAUGUGGUGAAGCAGUACUGCACACACAACCUGAAAGGAUCGUCUGGUGUUGUGCACCUGGUCCAGUUCCACCCAGACAUCAGCAGGCUGCAGCUCUUCUCCUCCUCUCUGGACUGUGGGAUCCGGCUGUGGGACCUGCGCUCCAGUCAGUGUGUGUGUGUUCUGCAGAGCCACUACAGCGCCGUCACCUCGCUCAGCUUCAGCCCCGACGGAGACACCAUGGUCAGUUCUGGUAGAGAUAAAAUCUGUACAGUCUGGGACCUGAAGACUCAGAAAGCCAAGAGGACUGUUCCGGUCUAUGAGGCUGUGGAGGGCGUGGUGGUGCUGCCGGAGGACGAGGACUUGUCUCAGAUUGGAGUCAAGAGCAAAGACUUGCAUUUCAUCACAGCCGGCAGCAAAGGUGUACUGAGAGUUUGGGAGGCCAGCACGGCUCGCUGCGUCCACGCCCAGACGCUCCCCUCCAGCCUCAGCGACGCCUCCGAGGAGGAGGAGGAGAAGGAGGACGACCCUCGCAGCCUGACGUACCUCCUCCACCUGCCCGCCUCCUCCAGACUGGCCACGGUCACAGCAGAGCACAACAUCGUUCUCUACCAGCUGCCUGCUCUCACCACACAGCAGCAGUUUGUGGGAUACAAUGACGAGGUGCUGGACGUGAAGUUUGUGGGUAAAGGCGACAGCCACAUGGUGGUGGCCACCAACAGCUGCCAGCUGAAGGUGUUUGAGCUGCUCACCAACAGCUGCCAGAUCCUCUACGGACACACAGAUACUGUCCUCUCACUGGACGUGUUCAAAAAGGGAUUUCUCUUCGCGAGCUGUGCAAAGGACCGGUCAGUGCGUGUGUGGCAGAUGGACAGUGACAGUGGUCAUGUGACCUGUGUGGCUCACGGCUCCAGCCACACUAACGCUGUGGGCUCCAUCAGCUGCUCCAGGAUGAAAGCAUCGUUCGUAGUGUCCGGCAGUCAGGACUGUACUCUGAAGGUUUGGGAUCUACCGGCAGACUUGUCGACGACAGGAGAAGACGACAUGCAUCAGCUGACGCCGCGCGCCACGGAGAAGGCUCAUGACAAGGAUGUGAACAGCGUGGCGGUGUCUCCCAAUGACAAGCUGCUGGCGUCGGGCUCCCAGGACCGCACCGCCAAGCUGUGGUCGCUGGCGGCGGAGGGCAGCGUGGCCCUGCUGGGCGUCUUCAGGGGCCACCGCCGCGGCGUCUGGGCCGUCUGCUUCUCACCUGUGGACCAGGUGCUGGCCUCGUCCUCUGCAGACGGAGCCACCAAACUGUGGAGCCUGCAGGACUUCAGCUGCCUCAAGACAUUCGAGGGACACGAUGCGUCUGUUCUGAAGGUGGUCUUUGUGAGCCGAGGCACUCAGCUGCUCACCAGCGGCUCCGAUGGUUUAGUAAAGCUGUGGACCAUAAAGACCAACGAGUGUGUGAAGACGCUGGACGCCCACCAGGACAAAGUGUGGGGUCUCCACGCCAACCGCAAAGACGACAAGAUGGUGACGGGCUCAGCAGACUCUAACAUCACCGUGUGGAGGGAUGUGACCGAGGUGGAGCUGGCGGAGGAGCAGGCCAAACAGGAGGAUCAGAUACUCAAGCAGCAGGAGUUGUCCAACCUGCUCCAUGAGAAGAAAUACCUGAAGGCCCUGGGUAUCGCCAUCUCACUGGACCAGCCGCACACUGUGCUCACUGUCAUCAAAGCGAUCCGUCAGGCGGAGAAUAGCAGCGAGAUGUUGCAGAAGACGGUACUGAAACUCCGAGUGGAUCAGAAAGAGUCUCUCCUGCGCUACUGUGCCGUGUGGAACACCAACGCCAGAAACUGCCAGGACGCCCAGGCCGUCCUCCAGGUGCUGCUCACACACCUGCCGCCAGAGGAACUGCUGCAGUACCAGGGCGCCCGGACUCAACUGGAGGGACUGAUCCCAUACACAGAGAGACACAUGCAGAGGCUCGGCAAGCUGCUGCAGGCGUCCAUGUUCCUGAACUACAUGUGGCAGAAGAUGAGAGUGGCCGGAGCUCCAACCAGCAUGGACCAAGAUGAAGAAAUGGACACCACUCCUCUCUCACAGCCUUUCUUUACCAUCGACAAGGAGAAAGGAACAGACAGCAGCGACGGGGAGAAAAGAGGGGAAAAUGACAGUGGAGAAGAUGAAGAUCCCAGUCGAAGCCCAGAAGAGGAAGAGGAGGGAGACGAUGAGGUCAGCGCCACCAAGAAAGCCUCCCGCCAAGACGAAAGACGAGUAGAAAACGGAGAGAGCACCAAAACAAACGGCAACCACCACUCUGAAAGUGAGGAGAGCUCAGAAGACGAAGACAUGGAAGAAGAAACAGAUCAAACAAUACGAGUGGUGAAAUGUCUCCCAGUUUCUACAACCACACAGUGUCAGACUUCAGCCAGCUGACGGGAAUCUCUGGAGUGACACAUUGUGCAGGAAGAGACAGACAGACAGAUAGAGAGACAGACAGGUGUGGAGUGAUGAUGAUACAGAAAGUAAGCCUCUCUACAUUCCCCCAAUUGGACUUUCUGUCUCGGGCCAGGAACUUAAUUGUGCGUCAGUCGUUCCAUUCAGAGUUCAAGCAGAAUUUAAAGAAUCUCAACCAGCCUGAUUUCCUCUGAGAAAAUGGACAAUAGGAGGGUUUCAUUAACAUUCAGGCACUGGGCCAGGCUCAUCCUCCAUUGUCUUCUUCAAUGUUGUGUAUUCUUGCUCUACUGGCUCGACCACAACAACACAAAAGCUUCUCUAUGUAACCGCAGAUUGUUUUGUAAUGUCAUAUGACCCACAGCUGUUUAUAAAAUAAAGAUCUGUGCUUUGUGAUUUAAAAAGGCUUUUAUUU